CAGGAGAUAUUGCUAAAGCUGUAUCAUUACAACCACCGCCCUGAAAAUUGGACCAUCCGUGCCUACCAACCUGGUGAGCGUGUGCGCGGCAGUUCUGGGAAUGACCCGAGUCGAUGGGGUGGUGGACGUGUACGGCGGCUUCUGUCAGCUGCCUACACUGUAGCAUUCAUAUGCAUGCUUCGUUUCGACGAGGUUCUGAAGAUCCAGGUGCACGAUCUUCGUGUGCAUGACACCCAGGUAGCGCUACACCUUCCCUUUCGCAAAACUCAUCAAAACGGC